CGACGGCCGCGGGGGCUGCUGGGAGAGGCCGGAAGCGGCGCUGUUGCCGCGGCGGCGGCGGCGGCGGCGGUUCCAAGAUGGCGGUGCAGGAGUCGGCGGCGCAGCUCUCCAUGACGCUGAAGGUGCAGGAGUACCCCACGCUCAAGGUACCUUACGAAACAUUGAACAAACGGUUCCGGGCUGCUCAGAAGAACAUCGAUCGGGAAACCAGCCACGUGACCAUGGUGGUGGCCGAGCUGGAGAAGACCCUGAGCGGCUGCCCAGCUGUGGAUUCGGUGGUCAGUCUCCUGGACGGAGUGGUGGAAAAACUCAGCGUCCUGAAACGGAAGGCCGUCGAGUCGAUCCAGGCGGAGGACGAGAGCGCGAAACUAUGCAAGCGCAGAAUCGAGCAUCUUAAAGAACACAGCAGCGACCAGCCUGCGGCCGCCAACAUGUGGAAGAAAAAACGGAUGGACCGCAUGAUGGUGGAACAUCUCCUGCGGUGCGGCUAUUACAACACUGCUGUGAAAUUAGCCAGGCAGAGCGGCAUUGAGGACUUGGUAAAUAUCGAGAUGUUCCUAACUGCCAAAGAAGUAGAAGAAUCCUUGGAAAGACAAGAGACCAUGACCUGUUUAGCUUGGUGCCAUGACAACAAGUCUAGGCUCAGGAAAAUGAAGAGUUGUCUGGAAUUCAGUCUAAGGAUUCAGGAGUUCAUAGAGCUUAUUCGACAGAACAAGAGACUGGAUGCUGUAAGGUAG